CCCGGCGCGGGUCCGGAGCGGAGCGGAGCCGGGCGGCGCGAUGCGGGGCGCGUAGCGGCACCAUGGAGAGCGGGGCCCGCUGCAAGAUCGUGGGGGUGGGGGACACCCAGUGCGGCAAGACGGCGCUGCUGCAUGUCUUCGCCAAGGACUCUUACCCCGAGAACUAUGUCGCCACCGUGUUCGAGAACUACACGGCGAGCUUCGAGAUCGACAAGCAGCGCAUCGAGCUCAACAUGUGGGACACCUCAGGCUCAGCGUAUUAUGACAAUGUCCGCCCCUUGGCCUACCCCGAUUCGGACGCCGUGCUCAUCUGCUUUGACAUCAGCCGCCCAGAGACGCUGGACAGUGUACUCAAGAAGUGGCAAGGGGAGACCCAGGAGUUCUGCCCCAAUGCGAAGAUCGUGCUGGUUGGCUGCAAGCUGGACAUGCGGACAGAUCUGAACACCCUCCGGGAGCUCUCCAAGCAGCGCCUCAUCCCCGUCACACAUGAGCAGGGCAGCACGCUGGCACGGCAGAUGGGGGCAGUGGCCUACGUGGAAUGCUCCUCCAAGGUCUCCGAGAACAGCGUGCGGGACGUCUUCCACGUAACCACGCUGGCCUCCGUCAACAGGAUGCACAAGAAUCUCAAGCGGAGCAACUCCAAGCGGGGACUGAAGCGGGCGUCUCAGAUGCCCAGCAGGACGGACUUGUUGAAUGACACAGAGAUCAGGAAAGACCGAGCCAAGAGCUGCUCCAUCAUGUGACAAAUGGGCUGUAAAUAAUGUGUGUGUGUGUGUGUGCGCGUUGUUUGUUUUGUACAGUAACAGGCCUAGACAAGGGCACAGCACUGGCUGCGGGAGCCAGCCUGCCUUCCCAAGGCUUUUCUUUUAGGCUCUAGGUCUGAGAGAUGCUAGCUGCAAAUCAGGGUGUAUGUGUCACCCCCUCACCAUGGAGACUUCUGGAUUGGCUGUUGCUGUGCUGACUGCUUGGGAUAAAGGAACCACUCAGCAGAGGAAUAUUCAGGUGCUGGAAAGUCUG